AGAGAGAGUAUGGCAACAUUAGACUCUUCCAAUUCUCCAACAAGUCCAUCCUUCACACUCAGAGUACCCCAACAAAAAACCAACCCAUUCCUCCGCAGCAUUUCCACCAAAGAGCCCUCUUUCUCCCACUUCCCCUCCCCACCGCCUCGCCUCGCCUCUCAACCUUCCAGCCCCGCCCGCCUCCCCUUCCCACCCUCCUCCAAACCCCUCGACAACAACAACCCCGACGCUGCCGCAUUGUCGCGGUGCGUCUCCUCCGUCCUAAAAAAAGACGGACAGAUAUUGUCCGUCGCGGCCUCGAACGGGCUCGUGUACACCGGGUCCGAGUCCAACGUGGUUCGGGUGUGGAAACUGCCCGAGUUCACCGAGUGCGGCCUGCUCAAGACCAAGGCCGGCGUGGUGGUUGCGAUCGAGGUGUCCAACGACAAGGUUUACGUUGCGUACGCGGAUUGCAAGAUACGGGUUUGGCGGCGGAGCUGGGAAGGUGUUACGAGGCAUGUGCGGGUGGGGACUAUUCCGAGGGCCGGAAGUUAUGUUCGGAAUUAUAUCGCCGGCAAGGAUAAGAUGAUGAAGCAUAUGGGGCCCAUAUCCUCACUAGCACUGAACGCAUCGGACGACAUCCUCUACUCCGCAUCCCUCGACAAAACAGUCAAAGUAUGGCGAAUCUCCGAUUACAAAUGCAUCGAGACCAUCCAAGCCCACUCCGAACCAAUCAACGCCAUCGCAUUAUCCGACGACGGAGUCCUCUACACCGCCUCCGACGACGCCACCGUCCGCGUGUGGCGGCGCAACUUCUGCACCUCCAACCGGCCCCACUCCCUCACCAUAACCCUCCCCGCCAAAUCAUCGCCCGUCAGAACCCUAGCCCUAACCGCCGACGGUGGGGUCCUCUACGGCGGCUGCACCGACGGGUACAUCCAUUACUGGCUCAAGGGCUGGUUCUCGGCUCAACCGCAGUACGGCGGGUCGCUCCCGGGGCACACCCACGCGGUGAUGUGUUUGGCCACUGUGGGGAGUUUUGUGGUGAGCGGGUCGGCAGAUUCGACGGGUCGGGUUUGGGUAAGGGAGCAAGACGGGCAGCAUUGUUGCGUUGCGGUGCUUCAGGGUCAUAGGGGGCCGAUCAGGUGCGUCGCGGCGUUUCCUGGGUGGGUUUCGGCGGCGGGGGAGGAGGCGGAGGAUGGUUGCACGGUUUGCACUGGGAGUCUCGAUGGGGUGCUGAAGGUGUGGCGGGUGGUGAAUAAUGUCGGGCGAUGUUUGGUUCAGAAGACUUGUGCGUACUUUGAUCUGGAUUAAAGGUUUGGUCAUGGUUUUGAGAUGCAAGUGUACAUUCUAGUGUCAUGGGCUGUUAGAAGUAGUUCCCUUCGCUUCCGGUCUCGAUCCUCGCUUUCGCGAAUCUGAAUAAUUUGGAAUGUUCUUUUAAGACGCUUCAAUGCUCGCGCUCUCGUUCGCGCAUGACCAUGCGAGUUAUGUGACUUAGGCUAGAACUUAGAUGUCUAGUAGUAACUCUAGUAGUUGGUUAAUUUGCCUCCCUAGUGGUUCGGACUUCGGAUCAUGUACAUACAAGUUGCCCUUGAUUUCAUCUCA